AGUUCCGAUUAAUGCGAUAAUAAUGAAUCGGGAAAGUAAUGAACUCAUAUACUAUUGAACAAUGUCCUCGCUUAUAUAUCGACCGGUUGACGCGACAGGCACCAAUACGAUCUGUCGAUGGACAUGAUUUCCGUCUUCUUCCUCGCGUGGCUCCUUAAUUCGGCUGACGCUUUCAAUGACUUUCCGUCGCUGGUAUCCACCAACGCCUCAAUGGCGGUCGUCAUCGAAAAAAGUUUCUUCAAUGACAAGGUCGAGUAUCAGGACAUGGUAAACAAUAUUUAUAAGCUCAUCGCGGCAGUUACGAGCAAAGAAAUGUAUCCAAAUGACAUUGAUGUGCGUGUCUUUCGCGGGAUGAAAAUAAAUAGUCUUCGAGAUUACACGGCGCUUUUAUCCGUGACAACGUGUCAUCAGAUGUGGGAGCUUCACGAUGCAGCGCGUAAAGAAGAGCUUGUGCAUUUAGCGAUAACAGACCAGGAUUGUCCACGGCUUCCUGAUUCGGAGGGUGUGAGCAUUCCCUUAAUAUCGCCUGGAAAAGAAUUGGCCCAGAUUUUUUUGGACAUGAGGGCGGUCGACGCUUUGACUUGGAACAAUGUCAACAUAUUGCACGACGAUACCUUCGAUAGAGACACGAUCAGCAGUGUCACAGAAGCCAUAUCGACCUCGUUGCCAAACAAGAAAUUUCACUUAAUUUCUAGAUCGUUGUUCGCUUUUAAGCACGCCAAUUCCGAACGUAACAGAAGAGAUUACAUAAGUGACGUGCUUGAGAAUUUGAACGUGGAUCAAUUGGGAAGAUGCUUUCUCGUAAUCGUAACGAUAGACGCAGCGGCUGACGUUAUGGAAGCUACAAAAACUUUAAAUAUGGCCCAACCGGACAGCCAGUGGUUAUAUGUCAUCACUGAUGUAGCACGAAACUUCACGAACAUUACCAGUUUCACCGAUUUAUUAUUGGAAGGCAGUAACGUGGCUAUCAUUUAUAAUGCGACGAACAACGACACAUAUUGCAAUGUCAAUUUAAAGUGUUAUAUCCAGGAGUUAGUUGCGGCUUUGGCUAAUGCUUUGAGGCUAUCGUUGUUGACCGAAAUAGAAUUGUACAGUCAUAUGACCGAUGAGGAGUUCGAACUCAUCCGAUUAAAUAAGCUCGAAAGACGUCAGGAAAUUCUCAAAAAUAUCAAAAUAAAGCUUAUGGACGAUAUUUUCGCUACGGGCGGCGUCUGCGGUAAAUGCCUGUUUUGGCGAUUCGCCUCGGCCAUAACGUGGGGCAAUUUUUUCGCUCACGGCAAAAACGUCGCACAUUUGAUCGAUUCGGGAAUAUGGAUGCCCGUUUUAGGUGCGAAUCUGACGGACGCUCUAUUUCCGCAUGUCGCGCACGGUUUCCGAGGGAUCAGCGUACCGGUCGCCACGUAUCAUAAUCCGCCGUGGCAGGUCAUCUCGUUGAGCAACUCCGGCGAAAAGGAAUACGGCGGGCUGGUUUUCGACGUCAUGAAAUAUCUAGGGAGAAAAUUGAACUUCACCUUCACCGUGCUCAGCCCGGCGAGCAAUCGGACCAUCAAGUCCACUCGUAACGAGACGACUGAUGUGGUGUUAACGUCGACAACGAGAGAAAUACCGCAGGAGAUAAUAGAUAUGAUUGUGGACAAGAGGGUUCUCCUCGCAGCCUGCGCGCACACCGUGAACGAUCAGGGAAAAGGAAAAAUCAAUUUUACCUUGCCGAUUUUUAUACAGACGUAUAGCUUUCUGACUGCAAAACCGGGUCAACUUUCGAGAGCGUUGUUGUUCACCGCGCCCUUCACCAAAGAGACAUGGGCCUGCCUGGCAGCAUCGAUUAUUAUAAUGGGCCCGAUCUUGUACUUGGUUCACAAGUGUAAUCCAAACAGCACGAGGACGUCGGGACUGAAUUCCCCCUGGCAAUGCGUAUGGUACGUCUACGGGGCUCUUCUUCAGCAAGGAGGAAUGUACUUACCCCAUUCUGACAGCGCCCGUCUGCUGAUCGCUGUCUGGUGGUUGAUCGUGAUGGUCGUGGUAGCGACCUACUCCGGAAGCUUGGUCGCGUUCCUGACAUUCCCGAACAUGGACGUUGCCGUCCUGACCGUGGAUGAUCUUAUUGCUCAUAAAAACAGAUUAACCUGGGGCUUUCCUAAUGGCAGCUUUUUAGAGGAGUAUCUGAAGAAUGCCGAGGAGGAAAAGUAUCAUACUCUUCUGGAGCGAUCCAUAAUUCAUAACGCGACGCAAGAAGCGGAAAUGAUUGAGCAGGUAAAGGCGGGCAAGCACGUGUUGAUCGACUGGAGAAGUACGUUGAGAUUCGCGAUGAGGAACGACCUGUUAUUAACUGCGGGAUGCGCCUUUUCUUUGAGCACUGAUGAAUUCAUGGACGAGCCCAUAGCGAUGAUUAUUGCGAAAGAUAGUCCUUAUAUAAAAAUCAUCAACGCUGAGUUACACCGCAUGCACGAAUCUGGAUUAAUGAACAAGUGGAUAGCGGAGCAAAUACCGAUGAAAGACAAAUGCUCGGACAGCUUCGCCAACCAGGUCGUAGUGGAGCGCAAAGUAAACGUCGCAGAUAUGCAGGGCAUAUUUUUCGUGCUUUUCAUGGGCAUAACCGGAUCGAUAUUUCUUUUGUGCUGCGAGUGUUGCUGGCACAAGCGCCAAGUGUCGAGGCGACGCAAGCUGAUUCAGCCUUUUGUUUCUUGAAUUGGAUACAGCAGUGGAUAGAUUACAGAUUAAACGCUUCUUUACUUCUCACGAAAUAGCUUCACCGUCGCGUCGGCUAGAACAUCUGCAUGCGCAAUUAGAUUUUAUCGUUGAUUAUAUCUAGUGUUAAUUACAGGGACCAUUCUCGCAUGAGUACAGUGACUUCUCGAGCUACGUGAAACAAGCCGCUUAUAUUGUAAUUAUGAAUUUAGACGACAUGAUUUUUUGGCACAGAUUCCUUUACAGCGGUCAUGUAUUUCGUAAAAAGCAAGCUUUAGAAAGCUGUUUGUAAAGCGAUUUUAUGCUCAAUAAAAUUGUACAAAUUUUAUCUUUGAGGCAGAACCGAUCAU